AAGACUCUCACACACAACCAGUAGGAGUUGGUCACUCUCACCGAGGCCACUUCAACUAUAGGGCGGCUCUUGACAGUGCGCAACGUACCGAAAUCUCACAUUUGGAGAGCAAGCAUAUCGGCCUAAGGGGAAUGGCUUCUUUCAGAGUACAUAUUGUAGCUCUUUUAUUAGUCAACUUCAAAUCAAACGGUGACUUUUGACCGACUUUUCGGAGCGUCCAGAAUAAAGUUUCUCAUGGUGCACUUUAUCCUGACGCAGCACAGCGCUCUACGUAGAUUAGAAAUGAAAGCAGAGUCGAUACUUUUCUGCGCAUUUCUCUUUUUAAAGUAUUUCAAAUGGCUUGAUUCAUGAGUGCUUUCUUGAUUGUGAUCCGCGGCUGCCACAGAUAACAGCGCGCUUCGGACGGACUUUGGUUACCAUUACGCACAUUUUACAUUCGGCUUAGCGACUGAAGGAUCCAAGUCAGACACACUUGGGACUCCGGAGAGCAUAGCGGGACAACACCAUGACCAGCUGCUGGCUUGCCUUGGUCGGAUUGUGGUGGAGCGCUUAUUACUGCAUGUUCCAGGUCGCAGGGAGUAAUUAUUCACUGGAUGGAAACAACGAGGUGCACCCGGGUUUCAUCCACCGGCGGCUGAGGACGCACGAGAAGAGGGAGAUGCAGAAGGAGAUCCUGUCCAUCCUCGGGCUUCCACACAGACCGAGACCGCAUUUGUCACAUGGAAAGUACAAUUCCGCUCCACUUUUUAUGUUGGACUUGUACAACACCAUUUCUACCGAGGAGAGAAGCCAAGUGGAAGGCAUGCUGGAUCAAUAUCUGUCAAUGCGCACGACCCAGAGUCCUCCUCUAGCCACGUUUCAAGAAACUGCCUUUCUAAACGAUGCAGAUAUGGUGAUGAGCUUCGUAAACCUGGUGGAGUACGACAGGGAGCUCUCUCCACAUCGACGUCACCACAAGGAGUUUAAGUUCAACCUCUCACAGAUCCCAGAGGGCGAGGCCAUCACCGCAGCAGAGUUUCGCCUCUACAAGGAGUGUGUGAGCCGCGCCUUCCGCAAUGACACCUUCCUCCUCAAAGUCUACCAGGUGGUCAAGGAGCACCCUGACAGAGAGGCAGAUCUGUUCCUGUUGGAGUCUCGCAUGCUGUGGGCCGCUGAGGAGGGCUGGCUGGAGUUCGACAUCACGGCUACGAGCAACCUGUGGGUGAUGAGCCCCGUGCACAACCUGGGCCUGCAGGUCAGCGUAGAGACGAGCAGCGGUCAGAGCAUCAGCUCAAAGGAGGCGGGGCUUGUGGGACGUGACGGCGCUCUAGAAAAGCAGCCUUUCAUGGUGGCGUUCUUCAAAGUCAGUGAAGUGCACAUCCGCACCUCCCGCUCCACGGGCGGAAAACGUCGGCAGCAGAACCGCAACCGAUCCACACAACCACAUGACGGAUCCAGAACACCGGGCCCAGCAGAUUUCAACAGCAGUGAUCAGAAGACGGCAUGCCGUCGACAUGAGCUCUAUGUCAGCUUCAGAGAGCUGGGGUGGCAGGACUGGAUCAUUGCUCCUGAAGGUUACGCAGCCAACUACUGUGAUGGAGAGUGCUCGUUCCCGCUGAAUGCCCACAUGAACGCCACCAACCACGCCAUUGUACAGACACUGGUGCACCUGAUGAACCCUGAGAAUGUACCGAAGCCUUGCUGCGCCCCCACCAAGCUCCACGCCAUCUCAGUGCUCUACUUUGACGACAACUCCAACGUCAUUCUUAAGAAAUACAAGAACAUGGUGGUACGGGCCUGCGGCUGCCACUGACACGGACAUCAAGGGCUGAUAAUGCUCGACUGAAAGUUAGGUUGGCAAAGGGCUUCAACUGCACCAGUGACUCAUGGGAGAUGUUGACUCCACUAGACACAAUCCUCAGCCUGCAAGGAAUGUCCAUCCUGGGAGCUCACCAACUUGUUCUUCUAUUCUAUCCAACAACAUGAAAAUUAUUCUUCUUACAACUUGCAGGGGCCAUUGCAAACAUAACACCCGAUGGAUGUCUUUCAUAGGCAACAACCACCAGGUUGAUGAGUGGCUUUGGAUUGGAAUCUUCAUUUCAUAGAUCUGUAACCGAGUGAGUGACUGUGUGUGUGUGUUUCAGGUUGUGUAUAAUGUGUGGAAGUGUGUAUGCACUGCACCCUCUUCCUCUCUGAGAGAGUGUGUGCAGAGCUGAACUUGUGGGACCAGUCCAAGCGCUGCUUUCUUUCCCUUUUCCUCUCUGGCAAUAAAUGUGGUGGAUGAGUUCUCUGAAGAGGAUGAGACAUCUCCACACAACUUCUCUACCAUGCUUGACCCUGGAAGGUUAACUCAGCGGUAUCACAGCACUGAAGCCAACUGUAGCCAACAGCAGACUACAGAAACUGACAGAAAAUGUCCAAAAUGUUUUUUUACGAGACAUGCAAAACACAAGCCCAGCAUUCUUUUUAGUGCAAAUGUUAAAUGAAGCAAUCUAAUCGAAAAGGACUGAUAUAUGUGAGACUAGAGAUUUAUACUUCAUGACUUUUUUCCUCAUGUAUUUUCUUCUCAAGCCAUAUUUGCCUUCCUAAAAUAUAAUAUGGACUGAACCAAAGUGACCACAGGUUAUUUUAGUAGCGCUCCAAAUAUCACCUCCGUGUCAAUAUUUGCUAGGCUCAUGCUGAGCUGCGAUUCACCAGGAUGGUUCAACAUGAUGCAUGUUGUGGCUGAACUGAUGUUUUCCUCCAAAGAAGCGAAGAAUACAGCCUUAUCCCCCGGACAUACCGCUAAUGGCCCUUUCCAUGUUGCUGCACUCACAAAGUUAACAAACGCUUCCACCCCUGACAACCCAUCAAGAGAUUGUGGAAAAACAUUACGCGAGUCAAAAACAGCCAGAAGAGCAGUUUCUGCGCCAGCGUUCUGAAAUGAGCUCUUUUUGCUUUUUCAAGAAAAUGAUGUUGAGAUUUGUGUCCAGUGGCGACGUCUUUCCAAUUGAACAUGUUACUGUGAGCUUUGAACGACAUGGAGUGUGUUUUUUAGAGACUAUAUUCUAAUGAUAAGUAAUACCAACAAGAAUCAAAAUACCUUUCUGUGCCUAACCAAUCAUAAAUUACAAAAUAUACCUCUGGUAAGCUGCUGUUUACAUUUGUGAUCAUGUUAAGACUGUUGUUUUGUAAAUACUUGUACAUUCUCAGCUUAUUUAUUGCACCUUUUAUUAAAAAAAAACGUUAAAUCACAUACCUUAUUAACAGAGACAGAUGCAAGAACAAAAUGAAACUUAUUUUUGAAAAAUGUUUUAUUAUGAAAUCUCAUGUUACAAUUUGCCAUUAUUCCUUCUUUUUGUACAAAAUGCAUGGGUAGUGCACAGCCCAUGUCUAACAAGGAAAAAACAGGAAAGUAAUACUUCUGUCACUGGAGUUCCUUAGACCAUGUGCUAUCCAUAAAAACUUUUACUGACAAAAA